AUGUCGACUUCGCUGAGAAGGUCGCAAACAAACUUUCCAAGUUUGUUCCAGAGAACAUCAACGCUCACCUUCUUGUGUCCAAUAUAUAUAUAA